CCGUUAUCAGGGCCAAAUGUUUUGCUGAUGCUCUCAGACUCAAGUCUCCUCACUGAUAAGGAGCGAAGCUUCUCCCUUCCCCGCUAUCGUCUCGCCGCCUUUGAUAGACUCCGCCAUGGGCCUUUUGGACCAUCUCUGGGACGACACCGUUGCCGGCCCCCGGCCGGAUAACGGUCUCGGCAAGCUCCGGAAGCACAGCACCUUCAGCUUCCGAUCUGCAAACUCCGGCAAGGAGUCAGAUGGAACUGGCACUGUUAGAUCCUACGACGACUCAUCGGAGGAAGCGACGAGGGUAACACGUAGCAUCAUGAUCGUGAAACCGCCGGGAUACAGUUCCACUUCUCCGCCGGUUUCACCCGCCGGAUCCACUCCUCCGGUGUCUCCUUUUUCCGGAAGCAGAGAGCCAUUCCGAUUUCGAAGAAGAUCUUCGUCAGAUGCGUAUGAGAAGGAAAGCCAAGUUGGACCAAAAAGCUCCCCUUCUCCUUAGGACGAGUGACAUCUGAGCGAAAAACGAGCUCCUCUGUUACUGAAGUGGCAGCCUAGAAAAUCUCCGGCAAGCUAGAAAGCUUACUACUUACGCAGAGUACGCCUACCGAUGUGUACGGGUGUUGGCUAUAGCCUCGGUUGGGAUUUGGGAUGCUGUGAGCUGUUGAUUUGGGUUGUAGUCAUUUUGUGUACGGGUUGUUCGCACUUCGCAGUGACGUCUGUUUGCUCCUUGUGUAUAUAGUGCCUACGUCUUGUCCCUCUUGUAUGCGUUUUUAUCCCGCAAUAAAGAUUUACAUCGACGUGUUUGUAUUAACUAA